AUGGAGAGUGCCAAAGUUUUCAGGAUAAAGUUGACGCCCCAAGAAACUACAGUCAUGAGCGACUCAAUCCGGCCUCGGCACAACAGCACAGCGUGGACUGCUGUGUACAACAUGAACCAAGAGAAAAACUCGGCACGCGGCUUCACCUACCAGGAUUCCUUGGCCAAGGACAGAGGCGGCGUUGGCAAGGCGAGUGCCACCCCAUCCAUCGCAUCCAAAACCCAACCGCAGCUUAGGAGCAUUUUCAACAAAGUGAACUGGGUCAACACCGUCUGGGACUACUGCCAGAAUAGCUCUCUGCACGGGCUGCGAUACGUUGGAGACAAGCAACUCAACAUUACAGAAAGGGUAUUCUGGAGCGUGGCGUUUGUUCUCGCUGUGCUCUCGGCCGGGUACUACAUCAACAUGCUCUACACCAAAUGGGUGAGCAACCCGGUGAUAGUGUCCGUGGGAGCAACGAGGACGAACUUGGUCGACAUCCCGUUCCCUGCGAUCACCGUGUGCAACAUGAACAAAGCCAAGAAGUCGGUGGCCGAAACCAUCUUGCAGCAGCCAUGGGACAGCCCAGAACGACAGCUACUGAACGAUUUGUGCGACAUGGAAGAAGAAAUGGAAGAAGAAAAACAGCCUGGCAGUAAACCACAGAACAUAACCAUUGACUGGGAAACCGUUAAGAAAUUCAUGGUCAAGGUGAGUCAGUCAUGCUCGGAGAUGUUCAAGCUGUGUUCGUACGCCGGCCAAACGAGGAACUGCGAGGAGCUGUUCAACACUGCGCUCACCGACGACGGACUGUGCUGCGUGUUCAACCAAGUGAACAGGAAGCAACUGUUCCGUAAUCCGCUGGACCUCAGCGACCUGAACGUGACCGCCCAGGGCAAGCCGUCGAGGUGGACUCCGGACGGGGGCUACCCGCCCGAGACACCAGUGGGCUCCGUGCCGUACCGGCCGCGGGGGGCCGGCGCGCACCUGGGGCUGACCGUCGUGCUGGACGUUCAGGACCACGAAUACUUCUGCUCCUCCUCGUCCAGCAUCGGGUUCAAGAUGAUGGUGCACAACCCGGCAGAAAACCCUAAGAUGAACAUGUUUGCAUUCCUGGUGGAGCCGGGGAAAGAAUCGAGGAUUGUGGUCCGCCCGACCAUCAGCGGGGCACUGCCGGAGCUCCGCCUGAUGGCCCCAGAAAACAGGGCCUGCGCCUUCUCGGACGAGCAGCACCUGAAGUAUUACAAGACCUACACGCAGAGGAACUGCGCGUUGGAAUGCGAGGCAAACUUCACGCUUGAGCAGUGCCAGUGCGUCUCAUACUACAUGCCGAAAAGUGCCAAAACACCAAUCUGUGGCACGUGGAAAGAAGCAUGUGCAGACAACGCCCGCAAGAUCAUGGAGAUUCACCUGGAGGACAAGAAUGCAAACACGUCCGACAUAUUUUUGGAACACGAGAACAAGCCACGCUGCAACUGCAUACCAGGCUGCAACGAACUUGGAUACUCUACUUACUUGACAAGUUCUCAGAUUUACAAACCCAACAAGUUACUGGUGACUGACCCUAAUAAUCAGUUAAGUAUUAUAAACAGCGCCAAGCAAUUACAAUUCUUUUUCAGAGAAAACAUUGCAAUUGUCCACUUGUACUUCAUGGAAUCUCACUUCCUGAAUUUUCAAAAAGGAGAGCUUUUCGGAUUCAUUGAUUUUUUAUCGAGCACGGGCGGGCUGCUCGGCCUGUUCAUGGGCUUCAGCUUCCUGAGCGCGGUGGAGGUGGCCUACUACCUCCUGCUGCGUGUGACGUGCCUGCUGACGGCCGGCCCGCCACGGGUCGCCAACCAGUCGUCCCUGCCAUUGGUCCGCGGCGGCGACCAGCCCCGCCCACUCUACCCCUUCAGCAAGUAACACCACUUCCGCCUCAGCACUGGGCCCGCGGGGUGACACGAUGCCCACGCAACAACUGGGCGUCAGGGGGAUUUGCUUUGAAACCUGGAAAAA